AUGGCGGAAUUCUGCGAAGACAACGAGAUUCGACUCGACCUCGCCUUAGCCACGCAUCCCGAGUUGAACAGCCAAGCAGAGCGAGCCAAUCAGAGAAUCCUCCACGGCCUCAAGCCACGACUGCAAGUGACCUUGGAACAAGCUGUCGGAUGCUGGGCCGAGGAGCUGCCCUCUAUCCUCUGGGGCAUCCGCACAACGCCCAACAGGUCGACGGGUUAUACACCCUUCUUCUUGGUCUACGGCGAGGAAGCUAUAAUGCCCACAUACAUCGACCAUGAUUCGUCACGUGUCGUCAACUAUUCAGAGGAAGAAAACGAGAUCACCCGUCAGGAUUGA